GGAGGAGCCAGGGCCCGCCGUAUCCGCCUGGAUGAGGCGGCCGCGCCGCCAGGCUCGGCCCUCAGGGAGGGGAGCAGGAGGAGGAGCGGGAGGAUCAAGUUGCCCGGGAGGCGGGGCGCGGCGGCGCUGGGCGCGUCGGGUUACGCUUGCCCUGCCCUCCCCAGGGUGACAUCCGCGCGCUCCUCGCCGCUGGUACCGGGGCCGAGGCUCUGAUUCAGGAGGGAAGCAGACUCCGCCCCGGCCGGAGGAACCCAGUGCUCCUGCUCUUUCCCCUUGCGCGAGAGGACCAAUCUCAGGCUAAAAAAUGGCAUUUCAAAAGGCAGUGAAAGGGACAGUUCUUGUUGGAGGAGGUGCUCUUGCAACUAUUCUAGGCCUCUCUCAGUUUGCUCAUUACAAAAGGAAGCAAGUGAACCUGGCCUUUGUUGAAGCAGCAGACUGCGUUUCAGAACCUGUUAACAGGGAGCCUCCCUCCAGAGAAGCUCAGAUACUGACUUUGAAGAACACGACUGAGUUCGAUGUCCUUGUCAUUGGAGGCGGAGCAACAGGAAGUGGCUGUGCACUAGAUGCGGUCACCAGAGGACUAAAAACAGCCCUUGUAGAAAGAGAUGAUUUCUCAUCAGGGACCAGCAGCAGAAGCACUAAAUUGAUCCAUGGUGGUGUGAGAUAUCUUCAGAAGGCUAUCAUGAAGUUGGAUAUUGAGCAGUAUAGGAUGGUAAAAGAAGCCCUUCACGAGCGUGCCAACCUACUAGAAAUUGCUCCCCAUUUAUCAGCUCCAUUGCCUAUAAUGCUUCCAAUUUAUAAGUGGUGGCAGUUACCUUACUACUGGGUAGGAAUCAAGCUAUAUGAUCUGGUUGCUGGAAGUAAUUGCCUGAAAAGCAGUUAUGUCCUAAGCAAAUCAAGAGCGCUUGAGCAUUUCCCAAUGCUCCAGAAGGAUAAACUGGUGGGAGCAAUUGUGUACUAUGAUGGACAACACAACGACGCACGGAUGAACCUUGCCAUUGCUCUCACUGCUGCCAGGUACGGGGCUGCCACGGCCAAUUACAUGGAAGUCGUGAGCUUGCUCAAGAAGACAGACCCCCAAACAGGGAAGGAGCAUGUGAGCGGAGCACGGUGCAAGGAUGUCCUCACAGGGCAGGAAUUUGAUGUGAGAGCCAAGUGUGUUAUCAAUGCCACCGGACCUUUCACAGACACUGUACGCAGAAUGGAUGAUAAGGACGCCACUGCUAUCUGCCAGCCGAGUGCUGGCGUCCACAUCGUGAUGCCGGGUUAUUACAGCCCAGAGAGCAUGGGACUUCUUGACCCAGCGACCAGUGAUGGGCGAGUUAUUUUCUUCUUACCCUGGCAAAAGAUGACUAUAGCUGGCACUACUGACACUCCAACUGAUGUUACCAACCAUCCAAUUCCUUCUGAAGAAGAUAUCAACUUCAUUUUGAAUGAAGUGCGUAACUACUUGAGUAGUGAUGUUGAAGUGAGAAGAGGGGACGUCCUGGCAGCAUGGAGCGGUAUUCGUCCCCUUGUAACAGACCCCAAGUCUGCAGAUACACAGUCCAUCUCCCGAAAUCAUGUUGUGGACAUCAGCGAGAGUGGCCUCAUCACCAUAGCGGGUGGAAAGUGGACAACCUAUCGAUCUAUGGCAGAAGAUACCAUAAAUGCUGCCGUCAAGGCCCACAAUUUGAAUGCAGGACCAAGUAGAACAGUUGGGCUUUUCCUUCAAGGAGGCAAAGACUGGAGCCCCACACUCUACAUCAGGCUCGUCCAGGAUUAUGGACUUGAAAGUGAGGUGGCCCAGCAUCUUGCCGCCACCUAUGGCGACAAGGCUUUUGAGGUGGCCAAGAUGGCAAGUGUGACGGGAAAACGGUGGCCCAUCGUUGGGGUGCGCCUUGUGUCAGAAUUUCCAUACAUUGAAGCAGAGGUGAAAUAUGGAAUUAAGGAGUAUGCCUGCACGGCAGUGGACAUGAUUUCACGUCGGACUCGCCUGGCCUUUCUAAAUGUCCAGGCAGCAGAGGAAGCCCUACCCAGGAUUGUUGAACUGAUGGGAAGAGAACUGAAUUGGAAUGAUUCGAAAAAAGAGGAAGAACUUGAAACAGCCAGGAAGUUUCUAUAUUAUGAAAUGGGCUAUAAAUCUCGAUCAGAACAGCUAACAGAUCGCUCUGAAAUUAGCCUACUGCCUUCAGACAUUGACAGGUACAAGAAGAGAUUUCAUAAGUUUGAUGCAGACCAAAAGGGCUUUAUUACCAUUGUUGAUGUUCAGCGUGUAUUAGAGAGUAUCAAUGUCCAAAUGGAUGAAAACACGCUUCAUGAAAUUCUGAAUGAAGUAGAUUUGAAUAAAAAUGGACAGGUUGAACUCAAUGAAUUUUUGCAGCUGAUGAGUGCUAUUCAAAAAGGAAGGGUAUCUGGAAGCCGGCUUGCUAUACUCAUGAAAACUGCGGAAGAGAACCUCGACAGAAGAGUUCCCAUCCCUGUAGACCGAAGUUGUGGAGGAUUGUGAGUCUGAGCAGUAAAUCCACAGCCAACAAACAUAGGAACAGCAGAUCAUCCUGUAGCAAACCAGAGAUGACUUUCCACACUCCAAACUAGUGGAUAUGGAUAGGCUGCCUUUUUUAUUUAACACUGGGAAACAUUCCAAAGUUUUAGAAUGUUGAUAUAUACCCUUUAUUUGUAUUUGUCAUUUAACUUAGCUUCUUAAAAGUCUAUUUUAUUUUUUUUCCUCAUUUUUCAGUGCAAACUGGUUCAAUGUUUUGCAUUCCUUUUGUGACCUGUUAGACUGGAUAUGCUUCCUGUAUUUUUGUUUAUUCAUUUAUUCUAAGUCAGUCUUAGAGGCAGAGUAUUUUGGAAGAAAUUGAAAAAAAAAGAAGCUAGUAUUAUUUGGUGACAUGCACCGAGCUCUGGACAUGGAGUAGGUGACAAUAUUUUCUCUUAAGAGAAAUUGAGUGGGGUGUGACCCAUUAAAAAUGAUAGUUUCUGGAGACCCCUCAGCCCCUUCUUCCUCCAGCUUGUCUGCCUUCUCCAUCCCAACAGUAUUGUACAACUUUGUAUCUAGAGCAUGAUGGGCAAAACUGAAGAGGGAAGAAAAAAGUUUAGAUCUGGUUAUAAGAACAAAUCUCAAAGAGAAACUCUGAAAGCUUCCAGAAUCACAGGUACAAGAUAAGGAUAGCACUGACAUUUGCUGGGAGCUACAGUGAUAGUUUCAUCUCAGCAAUUCAUUUUUUUCCCCCCAGUCACUGCUGGUUUUUCUUUGACUAUUACAGUUGCCAGGAAGAGCCUUGCUUUUCUUACUUUAAAACCAGCAUUUAAGUGGCAGGUUGGAUGUAGAGGGAUGAGACUAAAUUUCUCAAAUCUUUACAGUAGGAAGAGAUAUGAGGAUUAAAACCCUGUUUACAUAUCCACAUAUUAUAGCACAAUUUUCAAUCCCCAAAUCCUAUCUCUUGGAGAGUGUGAUACUGCUAGAUGUGGCCCAUUUCGCUCAGGUUAUCGCAUCAUUUGGAGGGAAUAUUUGUAAACAGAUAGUAAGAGAGGAUAGAAAUAGCUUUUAGUCAACUUUAGUUACAAUUAUUUGUAAAAAGGCACAGGAUUGUAAUGUUCAAGGUCAUUUUAAUUGCUUAAAGCCUUCCUCCUUCUCUACUCAAUGGAAAAGUUCUCAAUCAACUGCAAAGGAAAAGAAAAAAAGGAAGCCACACUCAACACACACGCAUCCCCCAGCUCUCUCUCUCUCUCUCUUACACACACACAUACACAAGACAAAAACAAAAAUCGAUGUGCAUAGAAUUUAGUAACUAUGUAAUAUAUUGAAUUUAAUUUGGUAUGCUUUUGCAAUACUUUGCAGUUUAGCCUGUCAUAUCUGAAUGUUUGUUCAUUAUGCUUCAUCUUGUGAAGUUAACUACCUGCUUUUUUUGAUUUUUAAUAUCACAUUGUAUAGGAAAUAGGGAAUGUAACCCUUUAUUUAGUGUCAUGUUUUCAUUGUGCAGACUUGAAAUCUUAAUUUUUUUAAACUGGUACCUGAAACACUUUUGUGCUGUCAUUUCUAAAUAUGUUAACAUUGUAGAAUCUCUUUAUGCCUCAUUCAAGUGGGGUAUGAGCCUGUCUGUCACAAUAUACACACUGGACGUUUACCCCACCCCUGACCUCUGAAACAGAUAGUUAAGAUAGCAUCUUAACUUAUUUUGUGUUUAAGUGAAGUUUUAACUUGCCACUUCCUAAAGGAAAACCUAAAACAGAGCAAAUGACGCUCCCAGGUAUCACUGUGAACUUUUUUCUUUUAAGGCGUGAUUUUUUUUUUUUUACGCUGGCUUUCUCCCCCCAUCCCAUCUCAAAUAAUGGAAGCAUGUGGCUUUGGAAUUUAGGUUUUUUUCUAUCAAGACAGUAAACUGCACUGUUUAGACCCCGGUGACACUUAGCAGACAGAAGAGCUGUCAUUUAAGACAUCAGAGGUGAUGCACCACAAUAUUGUACAUUUGUGCUCUCUCUCUUUCUCUCCUUUUCUAGUUAAAUCAAGAUAACGCUGACUUGUACCCUCCCUGAAUCCAUUACCAGGGGGGCUUGUAACCUGAUGGGCCUUGGCAGAGCUAUAUUUGUAAAGAGACCUUGUUUGUGCACGCUUUGCUAUGGAUGAAGUUCCUUUAAGGACAAAGAAAAGUGCACUUUUUGUCUUUUGAGUAUAUCUGCUUUUGCUUAAAAUCUGCUAGUUCUAAAGCAUACGCUCCUUCACCAAUCUCAGAGACUUGUCUUGGAAAUGAGCUGGUUCCAAGCCUUUACUGUGAAUAAAGCACCCCCGCAUUUUUGUGUAAGUUCUUAAUUAAACCUGUACAGCUUCUUCACCUGAUUUCAGAAAAGGAGAGGAGAGAUGGUGUGGAAGGGUGUAAAGCUCCUUCAAAACCUAUUCUAAAUGCAAAAGAUUCUAUUUUUUCUUUUCAUAUAAACAUGGUAUUAACUGAUUCCUUUGGGGUGGGUGUAGGGUAUGCAGAGAUUGUCUUUUACCAUCCAGUGAUUUAUUUAAAGAGCCUUCAAGGGGAUUCAGGUGAAGGAACCCCCAUCUGUGGUGGAGAGCUGGAUGCUUCUUUAAAGAGCCUUUACCAUGGUCAUAACAAUAGUGAUAAUGCUGGAUUAUUUGUUAAGCCAAGAUUGCCUGCCUCAUCUCCAUCAUGCUGUUUGCAAUAUUCUUGCUUUCAAUCAGUUUUCACUGAGUGUAACUUUAGGGUUUCUACUACUAAAUGCAUGCUCCUUAUUCUGCUUUAGUUUCUAGCUGUGUUUUAUCUUUUUCAAAAUACGUACUUUUUUGUACAACAACAAAAACUUCAUUCUUUUACUAAACAUACUGUAAAGGAUGAUCAUUGAUUUUUUUUCCUUUUGUAUGUAUUGGUAACAACUUUUGGCAUAUGAAUGUAAUAAUGUUGAAGUCAAUGACGCUAAUAACUUGCACUGUUUUGCAUUAUGUCAACCCUUUUUAGGGAGUAAAAAAGCCCUACUGUGUUUUUAAGGAAUAUCAAGCAUAAGCCCAGUACUGGAGUGGAUAUACACUGCAUGUUUUCAUAUGUGGCAUUUUUAUGUAUUGUGUUGGGUUAUUGUUCUAGAUUGGACUGUUAAAUAGUAUGUUUGAGGCUGGGUUGUCAUUUUUAUAACUGUCUUGGUGUUUUAUCGCCAUUAUUUAUUACUUUUGAUAUACAGAAUGAGCUGCAUGCAUUUAUAGAGCAAUAAGAGGAUGUAUUUAAUGUGCCUUGUUUUUAACUGAAUAAGAACUGAAAGCAUGAAUCAAUAAAACUGAUUAAAAUGGUC